GUAAGCUUACAUCAAUAAGUACAUUGAUUUGUUGUUUUUCAAUGGAGAUGUUUUCAUCAUUCCUGCUAUCAAUCGACAUGAACCUUACCAUAUCUAAACAUAGUUCAGAAAGAUAUGGAUGUUAUCAAAAUUGUUCACUACUGCUGCGCACUAUUCAAACUAUAUAUAUCUUCCGUCGAAGGUAUUUGAACGCAUUGAAGAAAAUUUUGAAGGUUCAACAUGAAGGUUUUAUUUGUCCUUGCAAUUUCAUUUGCCGCAGUUGCGGCCCUCCCCGUAUAUCCGAUCAAGAUUUACCCAGAUCACCGAUGUCCUCGCUUCGACAGUCCACACAUUCUGGUCAUGCUACCGCACCUGAGCGACUGCAGCAAAUUCAUAACCUGCGUAUCGGGCCUGGGCUUCGAGAUGAGAUGUCCCGACGGUUUGGAGUUUUCACCAAUUGAUAAAAUUUGCAAUUAUCCUCAUUUGGCGCAGUGCCGACAGGAUCAAGCUGUUCCGUACGAGCCAAUCGAUCCGAUUGUUUCCAGAACUACACUCAGUAAGUUUUACCUUACUAGGGCGGCAUUUGAACCGUCUGAGCAUACCACACUGGCACCGGUAACCGUUGCUGAACCGAAAUUCUGAGUGGUGGAAAUCCACGUCCGCAGUAACUACUUCCUGAAUAAUGGUUAUGGCAAAAUGUUUGUUAUGUGCAAUAGAGAGUCCACAUACCGAUAGUGCAAUUUCCAGGUGAACCCUCGGAAAAUUACAAAUAGUCUCGGUGGCGGCGUAUUGAAAAAGUAAUGAAUUGAGUGCCAUUAGCACUGGACAGAAGAGAUGAUUUUGGCAUCCACAAUAUAUGCAGUGCUGUGUACUAAUUAUACAUUAUGCGAAGG